UGCUGUUCGCAUUUCUCGCAGACUAGGGCUUUACGAGGGUUUUCUGAGAAGAAGUAAAAACCACCAUUUUAGCAGAGAAAUGUUGCAGAGAUCUGCUUCGAUGAUUCUCCUAUCUCCGAAAACACGAGGCUUCUGCACAUCUGCUGCGGAGAAGAUCGUUGCAUCCGUACUGUUCGAGAGAUUGCCCAUUGUCAUUCCGAAGAUCGAUCCUACUGUCUACGCAUUCCAAGAAUUCUCGUUCCGGUGGAGUCAGCAAUACCGACGGAAAUAUCCCAGUGAUGUCUUAAACAGAUCUGAUUCCAAGGGAAAAGGUGACUAUCAGAUUGAUUAUGUACCAGCUCCACGGAUCACUGAAGCUGACAAGGCAAAUGAUAGAAGGUCAUUAAAGAGAGCACUUGAUAGAAGGCUGUAUCUUCUACUCUAUGGUAGCACAUAUGGGGCUCCUGCAAAGAAGCCUGUUUGGCAUUUUCCAGAAAAGGUUUAUGAGAGUGAAGAAACAUUGCGCAAGUGUGCAGAGUCGGCAUUAGAAUCAGUUAUUGGAGAGCUUUCACAUACAUACUUUGUUGGGAAUGCUCCUUUUGCUUAUAUGGCUGUACAAUCAACAGAAAAUAUGUCCAAGCUUUCACCCUUUAAGCGGUUCUUUUUCAAAUCGCAAGUUAUUGGUACUGACAAAUUUACGAUCGGGAAGUGCGAGGAUCAUGUUUGGGUGACCAAGGAUGAACUAAUGGAAUACUUUCCAGAGCAAGCCACCUUCCUCAACCAGAUGAUCAUCAGCUAGGAUUUCCAUAAUUGCUGUCUCCAAGCUCAGUCUAGAAAGCAGGGAUAGAAGAAAAAGUGUUCAAGAAGAAAGCUCAAACCAAGUGGGAACUACCUCCGCCCAUCUUGUAAAGCUUAUUCCGAUGGCGCUCCACGGGAGACCCAGGUCAUUCUAGGUUGGUGAUGUUUUGAGAGAUGAUGUUAGGGAGAUUGUGAUGGUGUUCUCUGGGCCAUGUGGUGAGGUGGGUCCAAAUGUAGCAUAGUUGUUCACUCUGGAAGUGGCUGUGAAUUUUCUUGGGCUCAUUAUCGUGGAAGUUGGUUAUUGAAGGAAACUCUCGGUCUGUCAUUUCAUAGUUUAGAUUUUAAUUCUUUAGUGUCUCUUUGGGAGCUCUAUUUCCUUCUCAGACAGAUAAUGCAUGGGUUCCACCACUAGAGGUUGCAAAUUUCUGGCCUUGACAGGUCACGGGCCUGAAUUGUUAACUGCAGGUGUUGGUCCUCUUCAAGUCUGCCACUUGCUCAGCCAGGGCCAGGCCCAUUGCCAGCCCCACCCACCACCUUCUCAGUCUAGGUUGCAAUGCUGUAAUGGAUAGAAAACAAGUUCCCCGUUUGUCAGUUGUUUGGGUGACCUUAUCUUCUGAAAGCGAAAAUAAUUGAUGGGCGGUAUCUCUGUUUGUUCAUCUGUCUCAAUGCAUCUUUAUGUGCAGAGGAUUGCUGCUCAUGAAGCUAGUUUUCGUUUCUCGUUACUCUAGAUAAUCGACAUUGGACUAUCUUUCAGGAAAAAAAGAAAAAGAAAAGAA